GUCUUCAAGGUAUGAUGACAUGAGUUGAUUGCAUCAGGGUCCUUGACUUUUGCUCCGUUCCUUCGCGCUGUGACCCUGUUGAUGAUCUUGGGCUGUCUUGUGAACAUUACCUCCAUCCGGAAUUAUUGGCAAGGUUGGAUACCAAAUAUGCGUCAUGUCCUUUAAACCGGUAUCAACCUUUUCAAUAUUCUUUGGUCUCCUGUUCUAGCUGUUCUCUAGAAACUCAUUUGCAAAGUCAAAACACCUCUCUUUCCUUUCCCUUCUGUCUUUGUGACACCCCUACCAUAGCAACCUUGCGCAGGAAAUACCUCUACACAUUACCAGUAAAGAAGAUGGAUCCUACACCAAACAACAACGACCAGGCCCCAAAGCCAGAAGCUGCGGAGAAGAAGGAUGAACACACGGAACAAGCCCAGGAUGGAACAACGGGACCCAAUCCAGAGAUCAGCAACGUCAAAAAGAAUGACAACGACGAUGACGAGAAGCAGAACGACGAUAACAAUGAGAGGGAUAAUAACGAACAGAAAGAUGAUGAUGAGGAUGAUGAUGACGACGACAGGUCUGAAAACGAUUCCGAGGCAGAGGAAGAGGAAGAGGAAGAGAAAGAGAAAGCAGGUGGCAGUGCUAAAAAGCACGCCGCUACCGUUGAAGAGUCUUCCUCGGAAUCUCAGCCUUCCACGCCCAAGGACGAGGAAGCUCCGCAGCCCAAGUUCAUGCGCGACGAAAACAAGAGGAAGAAGAAGAACCGCAACCAGGAGGUCGCUGAAAGGCCUCGUCGCCGUCGCCGUCCCCGCUUCGCCGACCAAGAGGAUUCCGAAGAAGAAGAGCCAAAGUCGUACCGCCAGAGGCAAGCGCUGCAGCAGCAGAAACAGCAAAACCAGAUGAUGUUGAUGCAGCAACAACAACAACAACAGCAGAUGCAGCAAAGCGGCGGUGGCAAUGGAGGCAAGAACCCACUCAGGCUGAGAUUAGACCUCAAUUUAGAGGUGGAAAUCGAGUUGAAGGCGCACAUUCAUGGUGAUGUAACGCUGGCUCUGCUUGACGGUUAGAAACGAUCCUAAUAUAUGCGUUGCCUUUUUUUUUUCUUUUUUCGGUGGCGUUCGGAGCGCAUCAAUGUGUAUAUGACGGAUAUAAUGAUCUUGGCAUCGGUCGUCCAUUGACAGGACGGUAUACGGUUUCAAGUUUACUGUGAUAUACAGCGCAUGGAAGGCUGCUCGCUGUAUCGAGUGGUUUCAAUGUGGUCAUGAUGCUGGAAGUUCUUUGGCUCUUUGUACACUUUCAUCAUGAUGUAUUGUACGUUUACAAGUUGGUAAAGUCUGAAAUGCUUCUGCUCAUCUCUGGACACAGCGUAAUGGUCAGGAUAACGG